CCGCGCCAGCGCCGCCCCCGCGGGCUCGGCGCAGGCGUCGGCCGCAGAGCCGGCGGGACAGCGGGGUCAGCGCGGGGCGCGGGCGGCAGCAGGGCGCCGGGCCGGCCGCGGCGCAGCGGGGGCGCAGCGGGGCGCGAGGCUGCCGGCCGCCGCCGCCUCUCAUGCCUUCGCGGCAACAAAGGGCGCGCUGAGCGGCGGGCAGCGGCGCCGGGCUCCCGGCUGCGCCGGCGCGGAGGGCAGCGGGAGACCAUGGCGAGGAAGGGAGACGCCUCCACGUCGCCCUUCGGUGAACCAAGGAAAUUUGAUCCAAAGUUCAGAGGACCCAUUCAUAACAGGCAUUGUACGGAUGUUGUUUGCUGUGUAAUCUUCAUAGCCGUCAUUCUGGGUUACAUUGCAUUAGGAAUUGUGGCUUGGGUGCACGGUGACCCCAGGAAAGUGGUUUAUCCAACUGACAGCUAUGGGCAGUUCUGUGGUCAAAAAGAUACCCUCAAUGAGAACAAGACCAUUUUGUUUUACUUCAACAUUCUGAAAUGUGCCAGCCCAGCAGUGUUAAUAAACCUACAGUGCCCUACAACACAGCUUUGCGUCUCGAAGUGCCCAGACAGGUUUGCAACCUACAUAGAUGUUCAGGCUUCCUACAGAUAUAAACCAGAUCACUGGAAUUACUUCAAGCAGUUCUGCAAACCUGGUUUUAACAAUCCUCGCAAGUCUGUUGCUCAAGUCCUACGUGAUGAAGAUUGCCCUUCGAUGAUCAUUCCAAGCAGGCCUUUUCUUAAGAGAUGCUUUCCAGACUUCUCCACAAAGAAUGGUGUGCUGACUGUGGCAAAUCAGACUACCUUCAAGGAUGGAAGAGGGAAAACAAGAAAUGUAACUGACCUCAGGGAAGCUGCAAAUGGCAUCAAUAUUGUCCUGGAUGCGAGAUCAGUUGGAAUGAAAAUUUUUGAAGAUUAUGCCAGUUCUUGGUAUUGGAUUUUAAUUGGGCUGUUCAUUGCAAUGGUUGUGAGUCUGCUCUUCCUUGUGCUAUUAAGGUUCACAGCUGGGGUCCUUUUCUGGAUCUUCAUCUUUGGUGUGAUCGGAAUUAUAGGAUAUGGCAUCUGGCAUUGUUACUGGGAGUAUAGUCAUCUCAAGGGAAUACCUGGAUCCGACCUCACUGUUUACGAUAUUGGAUUCCAGACAGACUUCAGAGUGUACCUGCAACUGAGGCAAACAUGGUUAGCAUUUAUGAUAAUACUUUGUAUUGUUGAGGUCAUAAUCAUAUUGAUGCUGAUCUUCCUGAGGAAUCGGAUCCGGAUUGCUAUUGCACUGUUGAAGGAAGGCAGUAGGGCUAUUGGCUAUAUAAUGUCUACAUUGUUCUACCCAAUCGUCACCUUCUUACUCAUUGCAAUUUGUAUUUCCUACUGGGCUGUGACAGCUGUUUUUCUGGCUACAUCAGGAGAGCCUGUGUAUAAGGUAAUGGCUAAUCAAACACUGUGCAAGUAUGCAAACCUGAGUUGUGACCCAGAGACUUUUAACACAACCAACGUGACCAAACUUUGUCCGGGUGCUCAGUGUACUUUUGCAUUUUAUGGAGGAGAAAGCCUAUACCAUAAAUACAUCUUCAUCUUUCAGUUAGCCAAUGCCUUUGUCUUUCUUUGGCUGGUAAACUUUGCAAUUGCACUGGGUCAGUGUACCCUUGCUGGUGCCUUUGCCUCUUAUUACUGGGCCUUUCGGAAACCUGCUGAUAUUCCACUGUGGCCGCUCUUCUCUUCAUUUGGGCGAGCAAUACGGUACCAUACAGGUUCACUGGCGUUUGGAGCCUUAAUUCUUGCAAUUGUCCAGCUUGUUAGAGUAAUCUUGGAGUACUUGGAUCACAAACUGAAAGGUACACAAAACUCCUUCACUAGAUUUCUACUCUGCUGCCUGAAAUGCUGUUUCUGGUGUUUGGAAAAAUUCUUAAAAUUUAUAAACAGAAAUGCCUACAUCAUGAUUGCCAUAUAUGGAAAAAACUUCUGCACCUCAGCAAAGGAGGCGUUCUUUCUGCUCAUGCGUAAUGUGGUGAGAGUUGCGGUUCUGGACAAAGUUACAGACUUUCUUUUAUUCCUGGGGAAAAUUCUCGUUGCCGGUGGUGUAGGUGUUCUCGCCUUCUUUUUCUUCACUCAGAGAAUACCAGUGUUUGCAAAGGAAGCACCAACAUUAAACUACUACUGGGUACCGUUGUUGACUGUCAUUAUUGGCUCCUAUUUAGUCGCACAUGGAUUCUUCAGCGUCUAUGCAAUGUGCGUCGAUACACUUUUCCUCUGCUUUUGUGAAGACCUGGAAAGAAAUGAUGGAUCUACAGCAAAACCCUACUUCAUGUCAGCUAGCCUUCACCGAAUUCUAGGAAAGAAGGAACUAAGCCCUAAGAAGGCAGUGGGAUAACAUACAGUAAACCUCAACAUCAAAACAGUGUCACUUUUAAGCAACACAUGUAUAAAGUAGGCAAAAGUAAAAACUGUAAAUGAUGCUUCUAGUUAAUGGGUGAUUCUUUUUUCCUUUUGCUUCUAUCUAUAAAAAAUGAGCAACAUUGGUGACAAUUAACUAGAUAAGUAAAUACUUUAACAGCUGUGAAACAAGGCCACAUUUUAGUUUAUAGAGUGCCUAUCAAAAGGAAAAUGUAAAUCUGAAGCUUUUUUAAGUCUAUAAUGAGCAAUGUUUUAAUAACUUUUUUAACACAAGUUGCUGCCUCAAAGGACAGCAUUUUUGAUAACAUUUCUUUUUAUAAGUGUAUAUUUGUAAGAGAUAUUCAGGCAAUUUUCUGAAAGCACUACCCUAUAACCUAAUUAGCCAUAAAAAAAUAGUUAGAGAAUUUCUAGUUAACCAGCAGAUGGUACUAAAUUUGUAAAUAUGGUGCUAUGAUUGUAUUUUUUUGUACAAGCUUGUUCACAGCCAUUUAAACUGUGAUUAUACAUGCAUUAAUGAUUCCCUACACUGGAAAAUGUAGUAAUAUUUUAAUCACAUCCACAAGUGUGUGUUUUAAGAAAUGAAGAAUGGCACCCUGUAGGCCCAAAGAAGGUAGCCAGAGAAGACUACAGUGGAUGUUGCUUAAAGAGAAGUUUUCUAUGAGUUGUGUUUAAAAGAUGAUGUAAGUGAGGGAAGGUCCCAUUGCACUUAAUAUGAUUUGUGGCUCACACAAAUGAGGUUUCAUCUGGUACAAGAUGGCAAAUGUAUCAUUUUCAGCUGAUGUGUAUGAGAUGUCCUUGUGUUAAUGUCCCCAUCUCUGAUGACUCUCUGAUUAUGCUUUACAUUAUGAGGAAGUUGAGCUUUGCUGAAAGGAAAACCAAAUGCAGUUUUUCCUCAGAGAAGAGUCUUGGCUGUAUAUGUGCACACGGAGUCCCCAUUGCCUCUGCCUGGCUCAGAAGGGCUUCUUACGAGACAUUGCAAUGACCAUGCUGAUGCUAAGGGCAAAGCAUGCGCUCUUUAGGUCUCCAAAGUCUCAGUGGCUCAAGCAGUAAGAUACUUAGGUAAGAAACAGAACCGAAUCUUCUGAUGACACAGGAUUAAGUAUAUCGCUACUGAAAGAUGCUCCAAAAGAUUGUGUGCUUUUAGAUUAUUGAAGCUGCCUGAUUAUUAGUUCAAAGUCUUUCAGUAUAAAACACACUAACAUUCUGUUCAGUUCUAUGAACCUCCCUUAGAUGGAACUAUUUUUGAAGUCAGCAAGAGCUGUGCUCACAGAAGCAGUCUAAUGCUGUAUUGGAAUGCUAAAAAGAAAAGUACAAAAAUCGUCAAGCAUGAGAAAAUGAAAGACAUUUUUCAAGACUGUCAUUUCCAUGAGCUAAACUGAAAAUGUUUUAACUCAUUAAUGAGCAUCAUGCAUGCCAGAGACCUGCCCCCAGUUUUCAUGGGUUCCACAGUAGUGAAUAAGAACAUUAUUGCCCACAUUUCAGGAGUGACAUACUUUUCCCAGAUCUGUUGUAAGAGGAAUUCAGCUCUUGGAAAUGCUUUUCUAGCCCAAGGAAUCCACUGAAGUCACAAAGAGAAAGGCAAAUUCUCCAGUUGAUUUAAGGUCAGAUUUUGGGGGAAUAUUUACUGACAGCCCUCAUCGCAGAGCGAUACUGCUCUUGUGACUUGUGGCUCCAGUUUGCGAGUGCUUUAUUCACCACAAAAGCAGAAAGACACUUCCUCAUGCUGCUUGUCUGGGGUGCCGUUAAUGCACGGGUGAAUUAUGACCCCCCAUGCGUUUGGAGUCGUGGGCAGGGCGGCAUCCGCAAAGCCUGCAGACUGCAGUGCAGGUGCGGACCGGACCCUGGUAUACGUUCUCUUCCAUCCAGGGAGCAAUGUAGCUCUUCCCCCGAAGCACAAACGGGUGUUUCAGUUUAGGACUUAGCGUAAAAUAAAGGCAUACAGUUUCAAAUGAAACUAGUGAUUUUGGACAUCUUCAUUUUUGAGAACCCUUUUAAGAUACCUUAGAGUAAACUUGACUUUCAGAAAGGGCUGAACCUGCCUUCCAAAAAUCAGGUGCUUGACUGAGGAGUAUAAGGUUUUUCAUUAUCAUCGUCGUCAUCAUGCCCAUCUAAUCAUGUGCACGACAUUGAAUAUACAACCCCCUAAAACUCUCACCUCUUCUGAGAAUUAAGUCAACAAUUUGGGGGAAGUUUGUGCCACCUUUUCAUGAUUUAAAAAGCUGCUGGACUAUGAUUCCAGUCCAAGCUCCAAUGCAUUUUUGGUUGACUGCUGUCCAAUUAGUUUGCAGCCGAAGAGACUACUGAGAAAUCUAUAUUUCUCUACUAGACUUGAGUGUCUUACUGGGAAAAAAGCGUAUUUCUGAAUACAAUGUGCUUUUUUGUCAUAUGAAUGUAACCAUAGAGUUUAUUAGGAAUACAACAUAAUAGAAAUAGUAUACAGUUACUUGAUUAGAAGACUUUUGUAACAAACCUAUGCAUUUGCUAGAUGAAUUUCUAAAAGUCAAAGUUUUAAACAGCAUUAUUAUUUAUAUACAGUAAAUAUAUAUAUAUAAAAUAUUGCUCCACUCAUUAUUUUGUGAAAAUUGCUUAGAAUGUAAGUGGUCCACAUUUUUGAGAAGAAAAUUUAAAAGCCAUUUUCUUAAUGAUGUAGUUAAGAGAACUGUGAAAAUACAAAGCAAUAUCAUGUAAAUUUUGUAGUCAGUAAAUUGGAUAAAUUAUAAUAAUUUCUUGCUAAAAUUGGCUUUUAAAAAUAAAUUGGAAUGGAUCAAUUAAGUAGAAAUUAAUGCAAGUAUUUACUUGGAAAAGAAUCACUUUAAAUGUUUUAAGACCAAUUUAGAGUGGUUCCUAACUAAUCCUGUGGGCGAGAGUCUGCUAACUUAUACCGCAGGUACUGAAAGUGAGAUUUAUGGAUUUGGACCUUUAUUUGUUUCCUUGAUUUAGUAUAAAAUUUAAAGUUCCAUUCUUCGCUUCAGAGGGUGGAACAUGGGGCAGGGCAGGACACAGCCAGGGAGGUUCUAGGCGUUGACGCCGAGCCCCGGGGUGUCGGUGACGAAACCCCCGUUGGUGCCGGCCGCGGGGCCGGGCUGGCCGUGCCCGGCGUUAGAGCGGAGGAGCCCCGGGGGGUCGCAGGCGGCGGUGGCACCGCUCCUGCCCGCCGGCCGGGCCGCUGACUCUGCCCUUCUCCCUCCUAGUGGAAGAUGCAGAGAGACAUGCUGGCUCCGCAGAAAGACCCUUUUACAUGAAUAAAACCCUUUUGAAGAUUUUGAACAAGCAGAAUGUAGAAACCAAGAGACGGUAGAAAAUACCCAUUAUCGUAACCACACAACCGUGUUUGCUUUAGUCCUGGUUUGGUGCACUGUCUCCCUAUGACCUACUAAUGGAUGGCUUUUAUUUGCAUGUUUUACACCAAAGUUUUUAAUGUCAAGCCUUCACAUUUUGUAAAGAAAUUUAAAACCAGACCCCCCCCCCGAACAAAACAAGCAAGAAAGAUGGGUUCAUUUUUAUACUGAUUUUUUUUCAAGUAGCAUUUAGCGAUUAAUCCUUGUGAACUGGGUGUUCUAAGGAUGCUGAAUAGUCUUUUAAACAUUACUAUUUCAAAUAACGAAAUGUUUUACGGUUGCAUAUUCCGCUGUAGAGUGGUAGAAAGAUUUUGGAGGACACAAUCUUAAACUUACUCUUGGACAGUCAUUAAGCAUUCUUCUAAAAUCGGUGGUCACAAGAAUGAUUAUAAAGCGUAGAUUGACUGUCUUCUGUAAUGCAGAAUGUCUCUCUCCAGCUAAUCGCUAGUCUCCCAGCCUGGACAAUUGUGUCCUCUCUGACAAAGUGCCUUACUGGCUGUUAUUUUACCCGGUUUAUAUUUUGACAUUUAUUCACAUCAUGUAGACUACAAACCAGAAAAGGCUAGCUAAGGAAAAAAAAAAACUCUCUUUGCUUGAAAUUAAUUGAUAUAAAAUUAAUAUAAUUGAAAUAAAUUGGUCUUCUUUUCAAAAUACUGCAGCACGCACAAUUUCACUGUUACUGUUGUUGGAUCGUGAAAGUAUUCUGUGUGCUCCAGCAGAAAACGUGACAAUGGUGGUGUUGCAAAUAAUUAUCUAAUUAAGAAUAAUGUAAGACUGAGUUUUAGUAGUAGAUUUUUUGUAGCUUUAAUUUAUGGGAUAGUGAACUUCUAAGUGGGUCUUUUCUGCUUUCAGUUACACUGCUCAGACUUACCGCACCUGCGUAACUGAGGGGAGAACUGGGCUCCUGCUCGUUAGGGUAGAGGAAUGAAAGUGGGAACUUGCAGAUACAUAUUACACUACAGUAAUGUAUGUGUUUGUGUGUUCACAAACACGAAGUUGAUUCUGCAGUUUUAGACUGAUUAUUUGCUAUUCGGGAAGUGUUUUAUAAAUGACCCUUAAUUUUCUAAUUUUUGAUACAGGUGAUGAUUUUCCAGGUAAUGUAAUUUGUACUGCACUGUAAUCAAAUUAGAAAUAUAAUUGUUUCUUCGUGUUUAGGUAACACCAGUGCUACUAACAUAAAGACUGUCUGCUCCUCUGUGUUACAGAAAGUUCACAGCUAUUUGUCCCAAAUCGUAGAAUCACAGAAAGGCCAUUUAAGGUCUGAGAAGUGGAAGAGAGGUUGCUGUCUGUUUGACCAUCCCUUCCUUUCUGUUCUUAAUGUGAUUGUUAAGGUUAUGUUAUUUUCAUGCCAAAACCAAAUUAACAUGAGCACAUGACAGUUUGAGCUCUAAAACC